AUGAAGUUCCUUCUCCCAUUGGCCCUCUCGGCUUUUGUCGCUUGCACCCUUGCCCAAUCCAGGCCCCCGCCAUCGGGAGGACCCCCACCGCCACCAGCUAGCGGCGGAACUCGCCCACCACCUCCACCACCAAGCGGUGCCCCGAACGGAUCUCGUCCACCAACGGGAGCCCCUCCACCACCACCAAGCGGAGCCCCAAAUGGAUCUCGCCCACCACCUCCACCACCAAGCGGAGCCCCAAAUGGAUCUCGCCCACCAACGGGAGCUCCUCCACCACCACCAAGCGGAUCACCAAAUGGAUCUAGACUACCAACUGGAGCCCCUCCACCGCCACCAAGCGGCGGAUCACACCCACCACCUCCACCACCAAGCGGUGCCCCGAACGGAUCUCGUCCACCAACGGGAGCCCCUCCACCACCACCAAGCGGUGCCCCAAAUGGAUCUCGCCCACCACCUCCACCACCAAGCGGUGCCCCAAAUGGAUCACGGCCACCAACUGGAGCCCCUCCACCACCACCAAGCGGAGCCCCAAAUGGAUCUCGCCCGCCACCUCCACCACCAAGCGGCGGACCAUCAACGCAGAGAUAUUAU